GCCAAUGGGCGGCGGGGAUCCGCCGGCGCGGCUCGGGGGCCCCUGGAGGAGGAGGAGAGGAAAAACCACGGGAUUGAGCUCUGUCAGUGGCGUUCGCUGCUUCCGAGGGGGAAGUGCCGGGGAAUAAUUAAUGUUUUUAUUAAAUUUGGAGGGAAUUUUUUUGCAGCCGAUCGCCGCGCGUGGCCUUCAGGUGGGUCUUCCCCGCAACUUUGUCCGGCGCCCUGGAGGAUUGCGUGGUGGCGGGGGGUGGCCAGAACGAUCCCCGAGGAGAAGGCGGCGGGGCUGAUUGGAGUCCAGAUCCCGAGGAAAUCUCCAGAUCCAAUGCCCAGUAAAUAAAACACUGAGCUCAGACUCGUGGAAGAGCCACAGGAUGGAUGGAUUUUAUGACCAGCAAGUGCCUUACAUGGUCACCAAUAAUCCGCGUGGGAGAAACUGUAAUGAGAGACCGACAAAUGUCAGGAAAAGAAAAUUCAUUAACAGAGACCUGGCUCAUGAUUCAGAAGAACUCUUUCAAGAUCUGAGCCAAUUACAGGAGACAUGGCUUGCAGAAGCUCAGGUACCUGACAAUGACGAGCAGUUUGUGCCAGACUAUCAGGCUGAAAGUUUGGCUUUUCAUGGUCUCCCUGUGAAAAUCAAGAAGGAACCCCAUAGCCCAUGUUCAGAACUUGGCUCUGCUUGCAGUCAAGAGCAACCAUUCAAGUUCAGUUAUGGGGAAAAGUGCCUGUACAAUGUCAGUGCCUAUGAUCAGAAGCCACAAGUGGGAAUGAGGCCCUCCAACCCACCAACUCCAUCCAGCACACCUGUGUCACCACUGCACCAUGCCUCCCCAAACUCAGCUCAGACUCCUAAACCUGACCGGGUUUUCCCUGCCCAUCUCCCUCCAUCCCAGUCCAUUCAAGACAACAGCUUCCCUAUGGACCACAGAUUUCGCCGCCAGCUCUCUGAACCUUGCAAUUCUUUUCCACCUUUGCCUGCAAUGCCGAGGGAAGGACGUCCAAUAUAUCAGCGGCAGAUGUCUGAGCCUAACAUCCCCUUCCCGCCUCAAGGUUUUAAGCAGGAAUAUCACGAUCCAGUUUAUGAACACAACGCUAUGGUUGGCAGUGCAGCCAGUCAAAAUUUCCCCCCUCCUCUGAUGAUUAAACAGGAACCUAGAGAUUUUGCAUAUGAUUCAGAAGUGCCUAGCUGCCAUUCCAUUUACAUGAGGCAAGAAGGCUUCCUGGCUCACCCAAACAGAACAGAAGGUUGUAUGUAUGAAAAGGGACCUAGGCAGUUUUAUGAUGAUACUUGCGUUGUUCCAGAGAAGUUUGACGGUGAUGUCAAACAGGAACCAGGCAUGUAUCGUGAGGGACCCACGUAUCAACGGCGAGGCUCACUUCAGCUGUGGCAGUUCUUGGUAGCUCUUCUCGAUGACCCAUCAAACUCCCACUUUAUAGCAUGGACUGGCCGAGGCAUGGAAUUCAAGCUGAUUGAGCCGGAGGAGGUGGCACGUCGCUGGGGGAUUCAGAAAAAUAGGCCAGCUAUGAACUAUGAUAAACUUAGCCGAUCACUUCGCUAUUAUUAUGAAAAAGGAAUCAUGCAAAAGGUUGCUGGAGAAAGAUACGUCUACAAGUUUGUUUGUGACCCUGAAGCGCUUUUCUCCAUGGCCUUUCCAGACAACCAGCGCCCCUUACUGAAGACUGACAUGGAGCGCCACAUCAAUGAGGAGGACACUGUUCCCCUGUCCCAUUUUGAUGAGAGCAUGGUCUACAUGCAAGAUAGUGGCUGCUGCAACACCCACCCAUAUAAUGAAGGCUAUGUCUACUAACAACAGUGACAGUAAAGGGGGUGUUUUCACCCUCUCUUAGGCUUCUCCUCUUUCACAAGAGCCAGAGGAAAGCUGAAUCGACUUCAGUUUGUUUUUUAAAUAGUACACUAAAAGGGGCUUUUCCUGUUGCAUUAUUCCUAUGGUCUGCCAUGGACAGCGCACUUUAUUUGAAAGGGGAGGGUUGGAAACUAAACAUUAUUGUGUGUAACAGGAGGAAAAGGGUGGGUUUGCUUUUUAUUAAGUUUGGGAAGGGAACAUACAGGUUUUAAGUACAAAAAAGCUAUAUCAUGUCUGUUUUGUUUCAUAUCAACAUAAGAUAUUGUACAUUUUCUCUGGGUAUCCAUAGUACAGUUAAUUCUCAUUGUGCAAAAUAACCACUUGCUGAUAAUAUCAACACAACAUGCCUAGGGCAGUUGUUUCUUGCCAUUCUUAAUUGUCUUUCUGCAGAUAUAAAAGAGAAGCAAAGCGUAUCCUGCAGCAUUUAAUUUAGAAGUUUGAAGUGCUGGACCUUGCAGCUUGCCUCCAAAAGCAAAAAAUAUCUCUAGAGUUUUACUUUGUUUGUAUGCUAGUUUGUAGGGCCUCAAAAAAAAAAAAAAAAAGAAAGAAAGAAGAAAAAAAGAAAAAUCCCACUUAUUUGCAGAGUAGCCUUAAGAACAAGGACAAAGUCACAAAAUCCCUGACUUCAGACUGCAAGCUGUCUGUAACUGGAGUCACAUUACUAUACAUAUAUGGCCAGUGUUAUCACUUGGACAUUCCAAGAUCCAUUUGAGAGUAGUAAUUACAUGUGAUAGGCUGUCUGAUGAUCAUGUCAGCAUUAAAUACGGGAUCAUGAUCAGGACGGAGAAAACAUUUCAUAUCCUUCCAUUUCCUUUGGUACAUAAAUAAGUUAUUUAAUCAAUAGGAAUUAACUGUACUAAGUCACAUAUCUAAUUAUGCUGUUUAGACACAGCAAGCACUCCUUGAGAAAAAUAUCCAAUACACUAAAUAGGUACUUUAGUAAUUUUUAGACAUGGUAUCCAUUAAUAUGCAUUUAAACCUUUUACUGCUGUGUUAUGUUGAUAACAUAUAUAAAUACUAGAUAAUG